AUGGCAGAGACAGACGCAACGAUUGCUCGAGUGGCCAUCAAAAUACCGGAUUUAAUUUCGUCAGAUCCCGAACUUUGGUUUGCUAUGGUCGAAGGUAGUUUCACCAGCGCGGGAGUUACAGCUGACAGCACGAAAUUCGGGUAUGUGGUUGGAGCAUUACCGCCGAAAUAUGCAGUUGAAGUCAGACAUAAAUAUGACGCCGCCCUCGGACAUGCCUCCCAAGAGGAAAAAACACGUCAACUUCUGGAGCGCGUUGAGAUUGGUGACCGUAAACUGUCACAAUUUUUACGCCACCUCCAAAACCUGGCUGACUCUUCCGUUCCGGAAACAUUAUUAAAGACACUUUGGAAGGGCGGCCUACCAAAAAGUAUACAAGUGGCGUUAGCAAUAGUUAAAGAUAGUAAGCUUGAAGAACUCGCUGUCCAUUCAGACAACAUCGCGGAUGCAUCUGGUCCUUUGCUACCUCAAAUAGCAGAGACAUCGAGUAGUAACACUCUUGAAGCUAUGUUGAAUUUUAAAAUUUCUCAGCUUACCUUGAGUAUAAAUCAGGAAAUGGCGACGUUGAGAAGUGAAGUGGCAGCAAUCAAUACUCGUCCCUCUCGUAAUCCGGACUCAAGACCAAGUACUUACCGCUCAAGAUCUCGAUCUCGGAGCCGUACUCUCCAUGGUGCAAAUGGAUUAUGCUGGUAUCAUUGGCGUUAUGGAUCACAAUCGCGAAAAUGCAAGGAACCUUGUACCUAUAAUUCAGGAAAACGAGACGGGUCAUCACUGAUGACGGCCAGUGAAACCAUUCCGUCCCCGCGCCGUCUAUUCAUUACUGAUCGAAUUUCUCAAACUCAAUUUCUCAUCGACACGGGUGCCGACCUAUGUGUUUAUCCUCGUAGUGCUGCCAGACCGACGAACGGUGUUACACGACUCACUGCUCAUGGUAACGCUGCUGAAUCCUCCAUACCAUCCAUAAAGAUUGUCGUGGGAGAAACGAAAUACGACUGUUUACUACGGAAAUUUCUCGAGAUCACUCGACCAUAUGGAGCACCUAAAGACAUUAGGCACAGCACCAAACACUAUAUUCAAACGAUACCAGGACCCCCAGUAGCUUGUAAACCACGACGCUUAGCACCUGAUAAGCUCAAGGCAGCAAAAAAGGAGUUUGAAGCUAUGAUCCAAUUAGGCAAUAUUCGACCGUCCCAGGGACCUUGGGCAUCACCAUUACACUUGGUAUCAAAGAAAACAACGGACGCCUGGCGUCCUUGUAGGGAUUACCGUGCUCUAAAUGUUCGGACUAUUCCAGAUCGGUAUCCGGUUCGUCAUAUUCAGGACUUUGCACACUUUCUCCACGGUAAAACGAUUUUUUCAACAAUCGACCUAGUCCGAGCAUAUAAUCAAAUUCCUGUCGCUGAAGAAAAUAUUCCUAAAACCGCAAUCGUGAUACCAUUUGGAUUUUACGAAUUCCUCUUCAUGUCUUUUAGUCUUCGAAAUGCAGCACAAACAUUUCAACGAUUUAUUGACGAAGUACUUUUUGGACUUGAUUUCUGUUACAGCUGCAUUGACGACAUAUGUGUGUCACCUGUUUCUGAGGAAGAGCACAUCAAACAUUUACAGAUCAUUUUUGAGCGUCUACGCGAAUACUCUCUGGUUGUCAAUCCAAAAAAAUGCGUUUUUGGACAGUCAGAAGUAAAGUUUUUAGGCUACAUGAUUUCUAGAGAAGGAACACGUCCUCUACCUGACAGAGUCACUGACAUUUUGAGCUACAAGAGGUCAUCGUCCGCUAAGGGUCUACGACAGUUCUUGGGUAUGAUAAACUUCUAUCGUCGUUUUAUACCUGGAGCUUCAGUUGCACAAGCACCACUAAGUGAUCUUUUGGUACCCAAUUUAAAAGGUGUCAAGGCCACGACGAAGCUUGUUAAACAGCGAUUCGCGUGGCCAGCAAUUGACGCAGAUUGCAGACAUUGGGCGAGAGCAUGUGUAGAAUGUCAACGAGCCAAAAUCACGCGCCAUGUCACAGCACCUCUUAGUUCAUUUUCUUUACCGUCUCAAAGAUUUGAACAUGUUCAUUUAGAUCUAAUCGUUAUGCCUUAUUCUGAAGGAUUUCGCUAUUGCCUCACGUGUAUCGAUAGAUUUACUCGAUGGCCUGAGGUAAUUCUAUUGGGAGAUCAAGAAGCGGCAACCGUAGCACGAGCUUUCUAUACGCAUUGGAUCGCAAGAUUUGGUACCCCUCUUCGUAUCACAACAGACCAGGGAAGACAAUUUGAGUCAUGCCUUUUCAAGCAACUUAAUAACUUGACUGGCACGAACCAUCUUAGAAUCAUGGCCUAUCAUCCGUUAGCAAAUGAAACUCUUCUGACAGUCUUAUUGGGCAUCCGAGCAGCUUGGAUACCCACCUCUGCAGAAUUAGUCUAUAGAGAACCACUUAGACUCCCUGGUGAAUUCCUAACGUCAAAAGAUAAUGCUGCCAAGUUCGUCGAUGCAGCUGAGUUUAUCAAAGAUCUUCGACAUCACAUUCAGCAGAUCUGA